AUGUUUUACACAUUGAUCGCUUUUAUAUUGAUUAUUGGAAGUAUUUCAUCAGUACCAACUGAUGAAUUAUCACAAGGUCGAAAUGCAGCAUUUGAAUUUCGAGAAAUGAUUACACAAGUAACUGGUCGGUCAGCUAUGGAUUUUCUUGGAUAUGGAUGUCAUUGUGGUCUUGGUGGUAAAGGACAACCAGUCGAUGCAGUUGAUAGAUGCUGUCAAGUUCAUGAUCAAUGUUAUGCCGAUACUUCUACAUAUCUUCAAUUUUGGAAUUUAUGUUCACCACAUUUAGUUGGUUACUCAUGGAAUUUUAAUAAUAAUGUUAUUACAUGUACUGGAAACCACGAUACAUGUGGAUAUAAAACAUGUAUGUGUGAUAAAAUUGUUGCUGAAUGUUUUGCUCGAAAUAAAUAUAAUGAUCAAUAUAGAGGACAUAGUCAACGUUCAUGUUGA